CAUUAGACAUUAGAUUUGAUGUGAAUGGCCAAUAAAGAUAGAUAAUGGAAUAACCCGGCAUGAAACCGCGUAGUAUCUUUUACUAUGUUUCCAAUCCUGCACCAUCUUCAUGUGUCUCUCCCACUUUCUGCAUUUAUAAGUUUUAAUAUUUGUCCCUCUUUUCACUCCCUCAAGACUCACUCUCACUCUUACUCAUACUCUUUCAUUCCCUACUUGCUUUCAUCAUCUAAUAUCCAGUACCAAUAUCAGUAGAUCUAAUAUCUACCCUCUUAUUCCUUGUACUGUUUUUUCAUUAUUAGAUCUUCAUUCUUCUCCAUUAUUAUGGCUCCACUUCCUCUGUUUUUCACCUAUUCAAACUUUCUCCUUUUUGCUUCCCUUCUUUUUGCUUCUUCUUUCUUUGUUUCUUCUUCUUCUGAGAUUCAUAACCGACAAUCUCGUUUCUUUCUUGCUAGAAGAUCCUUACUUGAAAAAACUCAUGAACUUGAUGUUUUAGAAUCACCCAAUAACAUAAAAUCCACUAAAUCUUUUUCCGAAAAUCAUACUAAAAUUACUAAAAUUUCUUCUUCUUCGUCUAAAAACCAAACUAAAACCCUUAAACCCACUUCAUCAAAUUCGGGUUUAAAAAAGAAUCAAACCAAAUUAAUCAACCCCAUUUCAUCAAAAAAUAAAACAAAAAAUAUUCAACCAAAUUCAUCUAAAAAUGUCGGUGCUCCUUCUAAACUCAACCUUAAUUCAACUAAAGCCCUGGAUCCAAUCAAAUCAAACUCCUCCACCAAAAAAAAAACCAAAUCUUCCAUUGGUAAUACCGAUAACCCGGAUAAACAAAAACCCAAAUCAAUUUCGGAUACUAAAACCAAAUCAAAUCAAUCCAAAACCCAAAAAACAAAUCAAAAACAAAACCCACCGACACAACCGACAUGGUUAUACCAAGACGAAGAAGAAGAAGACGAUUUCUUAGCAGAAAUUAAAGAUCUCCCAACAAAAUUUCACAAAACAUUUGUCCCAGAUUUACACAGAAUCUCAACAACAUCACGAUUAUACCUUACAAAAGCCAACAAAGAACUCACUAAAACCUACAUUAAACCAUAUGUCGGCAACAAAUACGCACCCGCCAUUACAACCGCCAUUUCUUGUGCUUUCAUUAUAAUCCCAUUUUUAUUAGUUUCCCUCAUUUUCAACCGAAUUAAAGCUUAUUUUUCUCUCCAAAAACUUGUAAUUUUCAUCCAAAUAUACCUCUCAAUUUACUUCUCAAUUCUGUGUCUAUCAUCUUUGAUUACUGGGUUAGAACCACUUAGGUUUUUUUACGCUACUUCGCAACCUACAUAUAUUUGGUUGCAAGUUUUACAGACACUUGGGUAUGUCAUGUAUUUGUUGAUGUUGUUGAUGUACCUUGUUUUGGUAUUUUCAACUGAAUCUGGAUUGGGCCAGAAGUUUUUGGGCUUGGCCCAGACUUUUGUCGGGUUUGCUGUUGGGCUACAUUACUAUAUCACGGUGUUUCAUCGUGUGGUGUUGCGUCAGCCACCUAAAACUAAUUGGAAAAUUCAUGGGAUUUAUGCCACUUGUUUCCUUGUGAUUUGUCUACUUACUCAAGCCGAGAGAAGGAAGAAAGCUUACUUCCAAGAAUGUGGCGAAGAAGGCAAACAAAGCUAAUACUUUUAUAAUUAAUGUGUAUUAAUUAAUUAAGUUAUAUAUAUAUAUACAUAUAUAUAUAUAUUAUAUAUAUAUUUUUAUCUUUUUGCAUA